GUUAGCUCUCUUUCGCACCAAUCACUUCGGGUCCUGAAUGAAAACAAGUGAGCAGCAGCGGAGCUGGGGUGUAGAAACUGCUGUGUUGAACAUCACUCCCUGACUCUGCUCCACACCUCAUCAAUAAUCGCUCUCACCUCACUUGAGCUACAGAGAGAAGCAAAAGCCGGCUGCCCGCGUUUCUUCAGCAAACCUAAGGCGCUCUUUCGGAGAGGCAGGACUGAGCACUCUGUUCAUUUCUGACAUCAUCGAGGAAAUACGCUUGCUUGCUAUUUUUUUUUGGCUGCUUUUCCCCUCCCUCCCCACCCCCAGCUGCGGCAGUAUCUUGAUGGGGAAGCUGAUCUCCAAAGGCUGGCGGAAAAGAGAUGCUCGAGUUAUCAUGCUGGGGCUCGACUUUGCCGGCAAAUCCACCCUUCUAUACAAACUGAAGAGCGGCCAGGCUGUGGAGACCUGCCCCACGGUGGGAUUCAACGUGGAAUCUCUGCAAACACCCUGUGGCAUAUCUUUCACCCUCUGGGAUGUUGGCGGACAAGACAGCCUGCGGGCCAGCUGGCCCAACUACCUGGAGGACAUCAACACCCUCAUCUUCGUGUUUGACAGCACGGACAUGUCCCAGCUGGCCAAAGCAAUGGCAGCACUGGAGGAGGCCCUGAGCCACCCCGGCAUGGCUGGCAUCCCUGUGCUGCUCCUGGCCAACAAGCAGGACGUGCCAGGAGCGCUGGCUCCUGCCAAGCUGGGGGAGAUGCUGCGGCUGGGGGGGUUGGCAAAGCACCGCUGGAUGCUCCGGGGCUGCAGUGCCCACAGUGGCCAGGGCCUGCAAGAAGUCCUGGCCAUCCUGGGAAUGCUGCUGCGGGGCUCAGAGCAGAGCUCCUUAUCCCAGGAGCAGCCCAUCACGGGGCUGGCAGAGAGGAGGUGAGCUCCAGAGCAAACCUGAACCUCAAUGGACCCUUCCCACUCACGGCUGCCAGCAGAUUUGUCAUGGAGGAUUCCAGCCUCCAGGCAUCCCCUACAAGGAGCAGAGCUGAAGCUGGCACACACUGUGAAACACCCAGCUCCUCGCUGCCAAAAUCCACCAGGAGGAUCUCUGAGCAACACUCCUGUUGUGGAGCAGUUUUGGCUGCAUCUCUUGGACUCUCAUCUCUGCAGCUUGUCCCACUGUCACUGUGUUCCACUCAUCCACCGCUCGUGUGAGUCCAGAGGUUCAGCAAGGAUGUUUUUUAACACUUACGAAUUAUAACAGAGAUGUGUGCAAGGGACAGAAGUUUUCUUCGUGCUUCAGCUCCCAGCCCAGAUGCACCUAUCCAGAUGGGAUGAUCCCCACAUGGGGGGAGCUUGGAUGUGCCCCUUGCUGCUUCUGUCUCAGCAUGAAUCACAUGUUCAUUGGCUGGGAAUGCAGGAAGGCACUGAAAGGAAUGGCUGAUCGGGAGCAGCGUAAGCUCGGGAGUUCAAAUGGACAAGCAACUAAUUGGUUUUAGUGUGGCAUGUACAGGUAUAAUAAUCUUCAAGCCAUGGAAGCAAGCUGGGAUUUGAUGGUGUAGUGCAGUUUGAGGAUGUAUGUAUAUUAAUUUAUGCUUUUCUUGAAAUGGUUCUUUCUUUCUCCAUUCAUCAUUUUUAUCAAAUAAUUAUUUCAUGAAAAUGGUCCAUCAUUUUCCUUGGAUUAUGUUUAAAUAUAAAGAAAUAAGACCUGACUUCAAGCUGCUUGGAAAUAUGUCUCUAUAGCCAGUCAACCUCUAAAUAUCCUCAUGGUGGUCUGAACAGCCAAGACAAAACCCUGUCUCUCAGACUUUUGAAACUGCAUGAGACCACUCCACAUGCAUUGGUUGUUAACCGUGGGCACCUUUGGGCACAGGCAGGCUGGUGACCAAAGAUGUCUCCACACUCAGCUGUGUCCAGGGCAAAUGAAAACCUGGCAGCUCUCGGCAGGACCAGGUCCCAUGUGGCGGUGAUGGUCUUCGUCCAAUCCUGCUCAACCUACCUUUGGAAAGACCUAUAAAAUGUGUGCCAAGAUUCUGUUAGCCAGAGCUAAAAUUAAAAUACUUCAUAGUCCCUGCUUCAUUACUAAAUGAAUGUGGGAGGGAUAGGAUUCAACGUUUUUAUUUCUGUUUUCCAUUUCUCUUUCUAUUCAGAAAUCAGCUACUUUCAAGGAAUGGUAUACUCAGCCUAGAAAAAUCAUGGAGAAAUACAUGGCAAAAUCCUCUUCUGUUCAUAGCAGAGCAUUUUACAGUUGUUAAAGAAUUAAUUGCCCGGCUGUUACUGGUGCUGUUAUUAGCCACACUUGGUAGAAGGCAGCAGCUGGAAUAGAGAGCUCAAAGUCACAAAGAAACAGAAUCAGACAUUUAUAGGAAAGUCCCAAUAAAAUAAUCCUUCCCAACUGUUUCAGCUGCAUUACUGUAGAACUACUACGGGCUAUAAAACAGUCCUGCAGCAUCAAUGUGGCCCAAGCAACCACAGUUAUAAGUGUAUUUAAACAGCACUGAAUCAUACAAUUAAUUACAUGACUUGUGUGCAUGGUGAGGAGGACAAAGUCACAUCCUCAAAUCUUUGCAGGUGACAUAAGCUGGCUGAUCUAUCUCCAGCUUGUUGCAGGUGGUCAUUUUUUGCCUCUAGCACACAAGGCUCCAACACACCUGUUGGCCAUUUUGGUGUUCUAGAGGCACAACAGGAAAGGUUCUGUGCUGCAUUGCCAUCCCAAAAAAAAUUGUCCUUGUUGAGUUUGCUGGUGUUUUGGUCUUGUGUUUCACAUGGUGCAAAACAGAGAACAGUGCAUUAAGGUAAAUUCAACAGAGACUGAAAGGCUGUUGUGGUGAUGUCUGCAUUUGACUCUAAAGGAUUGUCUGCUGGUAGUUAAAAGAGGCUCUGAAGCCUUCCCAUUUUCCUGGGUGUUUUUUAAGCUCUUAAAAAAAGAUAAAAAAUAGGCUCCUCUGGCAGCAAAUAGAGGUAACUGCCAGACUUUGGUAGACAUCACCAAUUAAAAAUUAAAACAGCAAAGUAGGAGGUGGGGAAGAAAGGGCAAUGGGAAUCCUGAUGAAGCAACAUUCCAGUUACUGAAAUUGUUCUCACUUCCCCUGAAGCAGUAAUUUGGCAAAACACCCCAUCUCAUGGGGCAUCAUGUGAUUUACCAUCC